ACACACUCAGCUGCAGUGAAGUUGAACAGCUCAUGACUGCUGGACAAACGGCGAGUUUGGAUUUACACACAUUACUGACCCGCUUGAUUUAAGUCUGUUAGGGUCGAACAAGAGGAUUAAGUGUUAUUGGCGAUGUAAAUAAACUAGUUUGAGAAGGAUCGUUUCUGGCAGAAGAGAAAUGUCUGGAUGAAGAAGAGGAGAAUUUAUCGCCAUUAAACUACAGGUUUCUGUGAUGACUGGUUAAUGUUUGUAUAAUGGAGUCGAAGGCACAGGUUUUAUAUGAUUUCUCGGCAGAGCCUGGGAAUAAUGAGCUGUCGGUCCGAGAGGGUGAGACAAUCACAAUAACCAAUCAGAACAUUGGAGGAGGAUGGAUCGAGGCAAGGAACUCUAGAGGAGAUGUCGGAUUAGUACCAGAGGACUAUUUAGAGCUUAACCCGGCUCAACCUUUUACUUCUGGAGGAAAUGCAGCCGCCCUCGAUCUCUCGUUCUUUGACAGUCACGUGCCGACCCCAUCCACUGCAGCCAGCACUGCACCGGUGGAUGUAGUUCAGCCGGAAACCCCAGUCGCCCCAGUUACCCCAGGCUUCUCUUCCACCUCACCAGAUGAGACAAGUAAUGGUAAUGAUCCAUGGGCAGCGUUUGACAAUAAUGCCUCUGGGGGGGUUUCUAAUAACUGGCCAGCUCAGCCUGAGGGCACAGAGACGGGGAAAACCAGCAGCAAUGCGUGGAAUUCUGGAGGACACGGACACCCGCAGGCUUACCAGGGUCCAGAUAUUUACCCCUACCCAUGUCUUAUUGACCUCUCAGGUGCAGAAGACGAUGAAUGGGACGAGGAGUGGGAUGAUGUAAAGUCAUCGGGUGGUUAUGCUGAAUCUGAGGCUGGAGAAGGUGGCGCUAUGAACAGAGGUGGAGCUCAUGGUUCAUCCAUGAAAAUUGCCCUCAAUAAAUUCCCUGGCUUCUCCAAAUCAGGUCCUGAGUUGUACCUGCUGUCCAAACAAGCCGCUAAAGGAACCAAGUUGCCCAUUUAUAUUGGAGAAGUUGGGCCAGUGUGGGCGUAUCCAGACUAUCAGCUGGACUGUGUUGUCGCUGACCCUAAAAAGGGCACCAAAAUGUACGGCCUCAAGAGUUAUAUCGAGUACCAAGUCACGCCUACCACCACAAACAAGCCUGUCAAUCACAGAUACAAGCACUUCGAUUGGUUAUAUGAAAGGCUUUUGGAUAAAUUUGGGUCGGCGAUUCCAAUCCCCUGCUUGCCUGAUAAACAGGUGACAGGCAGAUUUGAGGAAGAGUUUAUAAAAAUGCGUAUGGAGAGGCUUCAGGCUUGGAUGUCGCGAAUGUGCCGGCAUCCGGUUGUCUCCUGCAGUGACGUCUUCCAGCUGUUUCUCUCCUACAAAGAUGAGAAGGACUGGAAAACGGGAAAGAGAAAAGCAGAAAAAGACGAGACUGUCGGAGUCAUGGUCUUCUCCACGAUAGAGCCUGAGGGACUGCCAGACCUUGACAUGGUUGAAGUAGAGCAGAAAUGUGAGCAGUUCAACCGUUUCACCAAGACGAUGGACGACGGUGUGAAAGACUUGCUGACCAUAGGAAAUGAACACUGGAAACGCUGCACAGGCCCCCUUCCAAAGGAAUAUCAACGCAUUGGCAAAGCUUUCCAAAACCUGUCGUCCGUGUUCAUCAGCAGUGGAUAUCAAGGAGAGGCUGCGCUCACAGACGCGAUGACGGCAGCAGGGAAGACCUACGAGGAGAUCGCUCAGAUGGUGGCAGAGCAGCCUAGGAAAGACCUUCACUUCCUCAUGGAAACCAACAAUGAGUACAAAGGUCUGCUGGGAUGCUUUCCUGACACUAUUGGAGUUCACAAGGCUGCCAUAGAGAAGGUCAAGGAAGGCGAUAAACUAGUGGCCGCCGGUAAAAUCAGCCCCUCAGAUAAGACCUCCAUGUCUAAACGUGCCAGCACCAUGUCAUACGCUCUGCAAGCGGAGAUGAACCACUUCCAUAGCAACCGUAUCUAUGACUACAACAGGGUGAUGCAGCAGUACCUGGAGGAGCAAGUCAAAUUCUAUGAGAUGAUUGCAGAGAAACUACGACACGCUCACAGUCGGUUCACUACGAUGUAACGGUGGAGCGGCCGUUCGGAAGCUGCCUCGGUGUCUCUUCAUUUUCUGUUUCUCUUACAUGAUUAUUCUUGCUCUGUUUUUUCUAUUCCUGUUAUUUGCGUCAUGAUAUCAGUGCCAUAAAAAUACCCUUUCGAUCUCAGGCCAAAGAUAGUGUCUCAGAAAGCAUGCUACUGCGUGAAAACUGGCCAAGCUCAAGAGUUUUUUAACAGCAGCUGCAGAUUGUCUAAAGAAUCAUAUUAUAUGGGGGCUUUAAUUAUUAUAAUUGUCUGGUUGUUAAUUUGGAUGUUCCACAUUUUGUUAUGACCCUUGUAGUUUUGAUAUAAGAUAAAUAUGAACAUGCAUUUAAAGAGACAUAAUGUAAUGUACUACUUUUAUACAAGUGAUCUGAACAUAUACUGGUGCCAUCGUUUGAACUAUGAGGCUAAGCCUUGUUUCAUUGUGCCUUCUUUUGUAUAGACCCUUCAAAACAACAUGCUUUUUAUCCACUGCACUUUACUAUGGCCUUUAAGAUGCAUCAUCCUGUUUGUAUUUGGCCAAAAACAACCCAAUCGUUUUCACUAGAUGGUCCUGGAGGUAAUUUCAGGAGGGCUGGUCCUUUUUCCCCCAUAAGAGACAUUGCCAUUAGUUCUUUAUCUCUCUCCCCAAAGCCAAAUUACAAACAGAGAUGGUGCUCCGUUUGAUGCUUCCACCUCAGUGCAAUUAUCACCAUUUUCUUAUCCUGUAAAAGUGAAAUUAUACUCCGUCAGGUGCAUGUUUUCCAGUUGUUCGUAUAUUUUAUAUGUAUAGCAGUGUUUGCAAGUCUUUUGCACACAGAAUGACAAAACAAUUGAGAUUAUGAUUUAAUAAAUACUGAUUUGUAUGCAAUGCA